AUGUUCGCUGAAGAUGUCGCCGUACAACCAGCCAAAGCGCUUGAACCGGUGCAAGUUGGAGUUACGACACUAGAUGACGACGAGUUACUCCAAAUUGGUGUCGCUGAAAUACUGCUACUGAAAGAUCCCGAUGGAGUUUCUGUGCUGUUGGCUGUCAUUGUCGGCAUACUACCGUUCGUCGUAUUCACCCCAGAAAAUGUACUACUGACUGCAGACGGCGCACUGCUGCUUGUUGUGUUGAACCAUCCGGAAAAUAUAGCGGUAGCUGAAGCCGUCGGCACGCUGCUGUUCGUCGAAUUCAACCCAGAAGAUGCACUGCUCGCUGAAGCUGACGGCAUACUACUGCUCGUUGUGUUCAACCACCCAGAAAAUGUACUACUUGCUGGAGUCGUCGGCACACUGUUGCUUGUCGUAUUCAAUCCCCCGGGAGAUGUAGCGCUGGCCGAAGCCGUCGGUACGCUGCUGCUUGUCAUAUUCAGCCACCCGGAGAAUGUACUGCUGGCCGGAGUCGUCGGCACACUGCUUCUCGUCGUGUUCAGCCACCCAGAAAAGGUGCUGCUGACUGGAGCCGUGGGCACAGCGCUAUUUGUGGUAUUGAAAACACCAGAAGAUGUGCCAUUAGUGGGACUCGCUGACGGCGUUGUAUCUACUGAAGAGCUUGUCACAGUCAUGGACAACGAAGAGUUCAUUGUGUUGCUCGUGCCGGGGCCCUCCGAGCUAGUUGGUAAGCUGCUUAUUACUACAGCAGAGCUUUCUGAAGUCAUAGAUGGGCCACUUGGCGAGCUGACUGGUAUUGAAGCGCUUGUAGGCUCAGCCGAUGGUGCAGAAGAUAUUUCUGUGCUAGGUAAAGAUGUAGCUGGGUUUGACAAUGAGCUAUCCGUGCCACUAGAGCUCGAAGCCAUAUCACUAGAUACGCUACUAGCUAGCGAAGACUGGACCGUAUUUGCUGAUGUCGAGCCACUGAGCGACGAGGAUGGCAGGGCAACAGGGCACGAGGUGCCCGUCGUCUUUAUAGUAAAACAAGCCGAAGAGUAG